AUGGCAUCUUUUACUCCAAGGAAGAGGAAGCAGCAUUCUUUGAACUGUGAAAGGUGAAAAUCAAUUUUGCACUUCACUGAAAAUCUAUUUCCAUCACCUAAUAAGAAGCACAUUUGUCAGAGCAGUGAUAAAAAUGAAGAAAAGGUGCAUUGCUCUCAACAAGGCCAUUUUGUCUUAAGUCCACUCAAAACAACUGAAGAAGAUAGAUUGCUAUCUGCAAAUCAGCAUUCACCAUUUAAAUCUGCUGUGUCCACUUUAUCCUUUUACAACAACAAAAAUAAGUCGUACCUCAAUCCAUUGGAGAGAAAGCUAAUAAAAGAUAGUAGAUCCACUUGUCUAAAAACUAAUAAUGAAGAUAAAUCUUUUCCUGGUGUGACAGAAAAAAUUCAGGGAAAACCAGUUUGCUCCAAGAAGAGGAAGAAAAAACCACAGAAGAGUUUAACUGCUAAGUAUCAGCCACGUUAUAAGCACAUCAAACCUGUAUCAAGGAAUUCUAAAAAUUCUAAGCAAAAUCGAGUGGCCUAUAAGCCAAUAAUGGAGAAAGAGAAUAAUUGUUGUUCAGCUGAAAAUAAUCCUAAUGCUCCUCGAGUUUUAAGCCAAAAAAUAAAACCACAGGUUACACUCCAGGGUGGAGCGGCAUUUUUUGUUAGUAGAAAAAAAUCUUGUCUUAGAAAAAUUUCUCAGGAAAAUGAACCAUCACUGGGACUCACCCAAAAGAAUAAAUCAGUAGUGACUGAAGAUUCUGAUGUAGAGACUGUCAGUGAAAGAAAAACUUUUCAGACAAGGCAAGUGCCAAAGUCCUUAUUACUGGAAAGGAAAAUGAAUAUUGAGCUACUGAGUGCAAGAAGUAAAAAUGAAGACAAAUUAAUAAAGGAUUCAUCAGAUGGAGUAGUUUCUUCAAGGGAAUGUAAAGUUGAUAAAAAUAAGUGUUUUUCUUCAGAGGAUUCUCUUGGUGAGAACAAGACAAUUUCUUCCAAGUCCAUCAUCUAUCCCAUCUUCAAUGUGUCUUCAGUCAAUACUAAAAGGUCUCUAGCUGAAGAACAGUCUUCUGUGGGAUCCAUCAUAUGUACUAACGGCUUGAAACAGACCAAUACCCAGAAAAAUACUAAUGCCAGAGAUACAAAUAAAGAAUCAAAAGACCAGCUUGUCAUUGAUGCAGGUCAGAAACAUUUUGGGGCUACUAUGUGUAAAUCUUGUGGCAUGAUAUAUGCUGCUUCCAGCCCUGAAGAUGAAAUGCAGCAUGUUCAGCAUCACCACAGAUUUCUGGAAGGAAUCAAAUAUGUGGGGUGGAAGAAAGAACGAGUAGUAGCAGAGUUUUGGGAUGGGAAAAUCGUGUUGGUCCUGCCACGUGAUCCAAGUUAUGCUCUCAGAAAGGUAGAAGAUGUCCAAGAACUUGUUGAUAAUGAACUGGGCUUCCAGCAAGUUGUUUCCCAGUGUCCAGACAAAACCAAAACUUUUCUCUUUAUAUCUGAUGAAAAGAGAGUAGUUGGAUGUUUAAUUGCAGAGCCCAUCAAACAGGCCUUUCGUGUCCUGUCUGAACCAACUGGCGCAGAAUCCCUAAGCUCUAAAGAAUGUCCCAGGGCUUGGCAGUGUUCAAAUGUACCAGUACCUGCAGUCUGUGGGAUAAGUAGAAUCUGGGUUUUCAGAUUGAAGAGAAGAAAGCGCAUUGCUAGACGACUGGUGGAUACUCUCAGGAAUUGCUUCAUGUUUGGCUGUUUUCUCAGCACUGAUGAAAUAGCAUUCUCUGACCCAACACCAGAUGGCAAGUUAUUUGCAACCAAGUACUGCAACACCCCUAAUUUCCUGGUAUACAAUUUUAAUGGUUAA